AUGGACGAUGACGACCCUCGUCCGUCCUGCCUGAGCGAUGCUCCGCAUGAUGAGAACAUCACCGACCACAUCCGCCAUUUCCUUGGCUGCAUUGAGAUAUGGGAUCGUCAAAGUUUCUUGGAGGGUCCCAAUCACGCGGACCCAGAGACAAGUUCCGAAAGGCUACAGUGGAAAUCUGACUGCAUGGAUCAUCUUCGUCGCAUCGACUUCCUGCGUAGUGCCCUUUCAUGCGACCCGGACGAGCAACUCCUCGGACUGACACUGGAGCUAAGCGGAAUCGCUUGGAGAAUAUCGACUGAAUUUGUCGGUAACAUCCAGCGCACCCGCGCAUGGCGUGCUAGACAAGGGCUUAGGACCGGCACACCCCCAUAA